AUGGCAGCCGCACUCGCGGCAUCGCUCCCUGCGCCCUCUGCGGCGCUCACACCAGCCCAACCCUCGCAUGAAGCCAUCCCGGCCUCGAUGAGUAAGGUGAUCGAUUUGGAGGGGGAUAUUCCGUUGGGUAGCGUGCAGCUGGAUGGAAUGGUCGUCUCAAAAAUCAUCAAGCACGCAUCGGACUCGCAUUCGUCGAUCGUGCACGGACUCUUGCUCGGUUUAGACCUUGACGGUGUCCUCGAGAUUUCGAACUCGUUCGCGCUGCCGCAUCAUACUGCAAGCGACGACGAUGAAAAGCUUGCGAAAAGCGUCGGCCGAUACCAGACGUCUAUGCUGCGCUCGCUGAAGGAGGUGGGAGCGAACGAUAGCGUUGUGGGCUUCUACCAGUCCACGACGAUGGGGGCCUUUUUCAAACAGGCCUUGAUCGAUACGCAAGCGAUUCAUCAAGACAAGCUCAGGCAUGGAGGUGUCGUUCUCGUUCACGAUGUCUCUCAGACUGCACGGGGCAACGCUGCGUUCCGUGCGUUCCGACUGUCAAAGGCGUUCUUGGAUGCGUACAAGAGGCGGAACUUUAGCAGCCAGUCGUUGAUCAACCACCAACUUACCUUCUCAUCCAUCCUCGAGGAAAUCCCACUCACGGUCCGGACGAACCCGUUGCUGAGUGCAUUCCUUGGGACGCUCAGCACCCCUCACCGCGCCUCGUCCGCCUCCAGCCCACUGGGAACGUCCACCGCCGCCCUGCCGCCUACGUUCUCGACACUCGACCUCGGUACGGGCAACACGUCGAAAAACCUGGAGCUCGUGAUCGAAUCGAUGGACGCGUUCAAGACGGAGGAAAACAACCUGGCGUAUCUCUCGCGCCAGAUCGGACGCGAAAAAGCUCGGGCGGAGCAGUUCAUGGCGAAGAGGAGGGAGGAGAACGCGCAGAGGGUGGCGCAGGGGCUGGUGCCACUGCCUGAGGACGAUGUGAGCAGGAUGUUCAAGAUUCCGCCGGAGCCGAGCCGGUUGGAGAGCACGCUAUUGUUGGGACAGAUGGAUGCGUACGCAAAGACGCUGGAGGGGACAGCGAGCGCGAAUUUGGUGAAGAUGUACGCGGCGAAGGGGGGCUCGAGUGCUUGA